AUGAGAAGAUAUCAACAACAUACGCACGCAAGCUGGCACCGCGCCAACGCAGACAAAUUCGAUUGCCCUUGGUGCCAAACCAUUCACCGACCAGAGAGCACAACAUCUCAGAACCAACAGAACCAGCACAACCGCAAGCAAUCCGCCAAGGGCUCAGACAAUGGCAGAACCAGCAAAGCAAAUGCUACUUCGACACCAGUCGGCCAUCGGAUAGCUCACGAGAGCUCUGACGUUCCUAUCGAAGGCCAGGCAGCCGGUACCCCGCUCGAAUCACAGACUCCAGGUUCAGCUCCGGACGCGAACAACGAAGAGACUCCAGGGCCGGAAUCAGAUUCAAAUUACGCGCGGUACAUUAUGGGACGCACUGGAAGGCACGAUGGCUUGAAUACCGCGUCAGAUACACCACGUCCGCCGCUUCCCGAGGAGUGGACGAAGGAAAUUGAGGGUCGGGAGCAUGGUGCUGCGGCAUGGAGUCCACCGACUGUGGAAGAUUGGCGCUCUGGGAUAGAUACGUCCGGCGAGUUUCGAAUGCCCGGUGACGAAAAGAUUGGCUCUCCGGAGUUGAGCGUGAGGGAGUUGGAGGAGUCUUGA